AGUCUCUGCGAUAUGACCAACAACCGGCCGGAGCCCUCAGUCAUUGCAUCAGCGGAUGGUCCACCCUCGCGCACCGUCCAUCGAUGUAUGCAGAUUCCCGAGAUCAUCCUCCAGGUGUUUUCCCAGGUGUCGUCGGUGCAGGAACGUCCGCAUGCGACCUUGGCGGCGUUGGCAAGAACGUGUCGCAGCUUUGAGGGGCCAGCGCUGGAGCAGCUGUGGCGUGACCCUGGCGACCUCACGCUGCGGCAUAUUCUGAAUUGCUUCCCGCACGGUCUCUUUGUCAGGCGCACUCAGAGGAUGCGACCGUCCCGUAUGAUUCUGCUCCGCGACUGGGAGAGGCCACAGCGCUACUGCAAUCUUGUCCGCGUGUUGUCCAUGUCUUUCGACCAGCGCAACCUAUUGCUCACGUUGACUACCUGGCUCCCUGACCAAUACCUCUUCCCGCGGCUUCAGGAGCUUUCCCUGUCUGGCAGUGACGACCCCGACCACCUAUAUCUGCUCCGACCUCUUCUGCCACCCACGCUCAAGCACAUCGAGUUCACAACCAACGAUUGCUCCCCGUCGUUACUCUCCUUCCUUCCUAUUGUUGCCCACCGUGCACCACAGCUCACUACCCUCACUUUUGGCACGAGCUACGAUACGGAAGCAAUAUCCGAACUUGUCCGGAGCCUCCACCAUCUAGAAAGCUUGGAACUGCCAGUUCUGACGAACGAGAUCGUAUUCCAUAUCUCUCGUCAGAAAAAACUCAAAAGCCUGGUAAUUGAAUCAUUUGAUGUGGAUCUUGACGCCCAAAUCGGUAAACUCCAAGCUCUCGACGAUUUGCAGAUGUUUUCCGCUCUCGAGACACUUAUCCUCACGGACGCCAACCUUCGCAGACUCCCAGCACUCAUCGCGCACCUCGGGGCCUCCCCCCUAGGUGAGCUCACGGUCCAUGUCUCUGCAAAAACUGUCGGCAACACCAAGGACACAACUACAUUCUUCCAAGCUGUUGAUACCCACCUCAACAAGCAGACGAUGCAGCAAUUUGACUUUCAGGUGGCCAACGGACUCGUGGCCGCGGCCCACGUGAACAUCUCGGGCGAUGCGUUCCUCGCGCUGAAGGGCUUUUCGCGUCUGACGAACGUAUAUAUCGAGUGCACGGGCCACUACAGCGCAGAUGACGCGAUGAUCGACGCCCUCGCGCGCGCAUGGCCCGCUCUCGAGUCGUUCGAGCUCCACCCAUCCGACCCGCCCUACCGUAUGCGCCUUUCCCUGGCGAGUCUUGUGGCCUUUGCGACGCACUGCCCCCGUCUGGUUGCCCUCGACGUGUCUUUUGAUGCCCGGGAGUCCCCCCCGCCUGUCGCCGUCGUGCAGGCAGCGCUUCGUCAACUUUACGUCGGCUUCUCGCCCAUCAAGGAUCCCGUUGCCGUGGCGGAUUUCCUUCUGCAACUUUUUUCCAAGCUCUCGGACGAGCCGGGUCUCCACGCGGACUGGGACCCGAACGCAAGCGGCCUCGACCUCGAUAGCGACAGCGACAGCGACUCUGAGUCUGCGUCUGACUCUGAGUCUGCAUCUGAUUCUGAGUCAGAGUCUCAUUCUGAGUCUGCAUCUCAUUCUCAGUCUCGGUCGGAUGACCGUGAAGCGGAUUCAGUGUACGCUGCGCGCUGGAAGAAGGUCGCAACAUCUCUCGAGAGGCGAGAUUGGCUCGUGAUCAACUAA